AUGACACGACUACGAAUGACCCCAAUUGUCACACGUAUCACCACAAUCCGUUCUUCCCCUCAAUCAUUCCUGGCACCAGCCUAUGCCCAGCAACACCGUCUCUACGCUGGCGGUUCCUCCUACGGCGGUGGAGAAGGCGACCCAAAGGGCGAGAACCCAUCAGACCAAGGCUCGAACCCCUCGGCCGACCUCGAGCACCCAGGCCCACCUCCUCCGUCAGUCGGUCAAGGCACAGGAGGUGGACCUACCAAAAAGGGAAGUGAAGGUCACAAUACGCAGCAGAGUGACUCCGGUGGUCAGGCCAGUACGAGUGGGAGUGGAGGAGCAAGUGGAGGAGAGGGAGGCGGGCCACAACCAAAGAUUCACAAGCAUGAUGCGCCUGAAGAGCAUACUCACAGUGACGAGGUGAGAGCGCACAACGAGGAUAUGGAAAAGAGGCAUGACCGUCCUAAUGAGAAAAGCGUCGAUAAGGAGGACAAAGUGGAUAAGGGAUUCUGGAGUGGUCAAGGUGGUGCCGACAGGAAUCCAUGA